AUGGUCUCUGAGUUCAUCGGGCACUGUGGCCCAUCCCAUGGACCUGGCUAUGCUUCACCACUGGAUGCCAUGAAAGGCCCCAGAGAAAAGCUGAUAUACGUACAGUGCAUUUUAACCGGAAGUGAGUCCCGUCAACCUGACUAUUUGGCCACGGUGGACGUAGAUCCGGAAUCACCAUGUUAUUGCAAGGUUAUCCAUCGCCUGCGCUUGUCUUACCUGGAAGACGAACCCUAUCGCUCGAGCUGGAAUGUCUGCAGCAGCUCUUUCUGGGAUGUCAGCAAGGAGCGUAACCGCCUCAUCAUCCCGUGCAUGACCUCUGGCCGCAUUUACGUGGUGGACACAGACUCCGAUCCGUGUGCUCCCAGCUUGUACAAAGUCAUCGAACGACAAGAAAUCAUCAGGAAAACCAACUUGAGUUUCUUGUACAGUUCACAUUGCUCAGGCGACGGGGAAAUUAUGGUCAGCGCCAUUGGAGAUGCAUUCGGAAACAUAACAGGUGGACUUCUCCUUCUGGACCCGGAAACCUGGGAAGUGAAAGGGACCUGGGAGUGUCCGGAAGAUGGACCCAUCCAGAUGUGUGACUUCUGGUUCCAGCCGCGGCACAACGUCCUGAUCAGCACUCAAUCGGGGGAGCCCAAGUUCUAUCAUAAUGGGUUUAAGAUGGACAAUUUGGGAAAAGGGCGCUACGGCCGCUACCUCCAUGUCUGGGACUUGACCACCCACCGCCUCCUCCAGUCGAUUGACAUGGGUGAAGAUUCGGCCCCGCGGGAGAUCCGUUUCUUGCACAACCCCGACUCGGUCCACGGUUACGUGGUUUGCUUUCUGGAGAGCUCCAUCCACCAUUUCUUCAAAACAGAGGACGGAUGCUGGGCGGCUGAGAAAGUGAUCCAAGUCCCGAACAAGAAAGUAUCGGGAUGGCUCUACCCCGAAAUGCCAGGGUUCACUAUGAAUAUCGUCAUUUCCCUGGAUGACCGAUUCCUCUACAUCAGCAACUGGUUGCAUGGCGAUGUCCGGCAAUACGAUAUCACCGACCCGCACUGUCCCAAACUGGUCGGGCAAGUGUUUGUGGGGGGUAGCCUUGAGAAGGGCGGUCCUGUCACCGUCCUUGAGGAUCUGGAGCUGGACUGCCAACCUGACCCCUUUGUGAUCCAGGGCAAGAAAGUCCAAGGAGGGCCUCAAACGCUGCAGCUGAGCUUGGAUGGCGCUCGUCUUUACGUCACCAGCUCUUUUUACUCAGCUUGGGACAAACAAUUUUACCCCGAUCUCGUCAGGAAAGGUUCAGUCAUGCUCCAGCUGGACGUGGACACUGUGAAGGGCGGCCUUUGUGUGAACCCGGAAUUUCUGGUGGAUUUCGGACAUGAGCCUUUUGGUCCAGCUCGGGCGCAAGAGAUGCGCUACCCUGGUGGGGAUUGCAUCUCUGAGAUCUGGGAGUAGUGCGCAUGCUUUCCAAGUUGGCUUCAUAUCGGUGGGGAAAUCACUCGAGAACCGGGGUUUAUCCACCAUAAUUUGCAAAUAAA